GAGACACUGAGCCAGACACCUUUCCAGGCUGACUACCAAGCUCGCUGAGGCUGAGGCUGCAGAAGGCCACAUCCAUGGACUCCCACCAAGUGCUGCUGGCUGCCGCGUACCUGCUGGGAACCCUGGUUGCUUUCUGCCAUGGUCAGUCCCGACUGGAUGACUCAGGUCUCCAGGUGACACUAAGUGGCCUCAACUCCAAGUGUCAGGGUAAACUGGAGGUUCAGAUGGAAGGCCUGUGGAGGACUGUGUGCAGUUCCAGUUGGAGCUGGAAGCAGGACCUCUGGAGAAAUCCCCAUCAAGCCUCUGGAGUGUGCCAGCAGCUGGGAUGUGGUGACCCCUUGGUCCUCGGCUACUUCUCUUUAUUGAACAGAACCCAGCACGAGAUCCUCUGUCACGGACCCCUGGGGUCUUUCUCCAACUGCAGCAGAAACUCACAAGCCAAGUGCCUUCCACUGACCCUGAUCUGCCAAGAGCCCCUAAGGAUGACACCUCCACCCACAACUGCUCCACCCACCACCAUGCCAGAGCCCACAGCUCCUCCCAGGCUGCAGCUGGUGCCAGGACACAAGGGCCUGAGGUGCGCGGGCGUGGUGGAAUUCUACAAUGGCAGCAGAGGUGGCACCAUCCUCUAUGAGGCCAAGGACAGGCCCCUGGGCCUGGGGAACCUUAUCUGUAACGCUCUGCAGUGUGGAUCUUUCUUGACACAUCUGUCGGAGCCAGAGGCAGCAGCAACACCAGCUCCUGACGAGCUGAAGGGCCCCAAGCCCUUGCCAGUUCGAUGGGAGGUGCAGAAUGCGAGCUGUGCCUCGCUGGAGCAGUGCUUCCAGAAAACCACACCCCAGGAGGGUGGCCGGGCGCUAUCGGUCAUCUGUUCCGGUUUCCAGCCCAAGGUACAGAGCCGCCUGGUGGGGGGCAGCAGCCUGUGUGAGGGCAUCGCUGAAGUGCGCCAGGGAUCACAGUGGACUACUCUGUGUGACAGCUCUAUGGCCAGGGGUCGGGCGCGGUGGGAGGAGCUGUGUCAGGAGCAGCAGUGUGGCAACCUCCUCUCCUUCCGUGCGCUGGAUGCUGACAGGAUCACCCCUGGGCUCAUCUGUACCCAGGAGAAGCUGUCUCAGUGUUACGAGCUUCAGAAAAAGAACACCUGCAAGAGGGUGUUCGUCACAUGCCAAGACCCAAACCCAGCAGGCCUGGCCCCAGGCACUGUGGCAAGCAUCAUCCUGACCCUUGUCCUCCUGGUGGUGCUGCUGGUCAUGUGUGGUCCUCUGAUCUACAAGAAGCUGGUGAAGAAAUUCCGUCAGAAGAAGCAGCGUCAGUGGAUUGGCCCCACGGGAGUGAACCAGAACGUGUCUUUCCACCGCAGCCACACGGCAACUGUAAGGUCCCAGGGUGAGAACCGGACAGCCUCUCACGUGGACAAUGAAUACAGUCAGCCUCCCAGGAACUCCCACCUGUCAGCUUACCCAGCUCUGGAAGGGGCCCUACACCGUUCUUCCACCCAGCCUGACAACUCCUCUGAUAGUGACUAUGACCUGCAAGUGGCUCAGAGACUGUAAGAGAUCUUGGAACCAGCAACAAAAGGCCAAGCAGGUCCCUUCUGUCCAGAGGAGCAUUUGCCACUUGGAGUGCCACCCUAUUUCCACCUCAGCCAGCACUUGGACAGAGGCCAAGGUCCUUUGGAAAAGCUGCUGGGCCCUGCAACAGCAGGCCAGUUCCUAUUUCCCCUAGGGCCAUGACAGCCUGGCUGCUUCCUCCAAGAGCCAACACUCAACAGAGCCUAGAAUCAACCAAUCCUUCCAAGCAGACUCCAGUAUCCAGAGGGGUUCCCACCCUCUGGGGAGCAGUGACCAGUGGGGUCAGCUUUCUCCUUGGCCUCUGAGGUCAUGAAAGAAUGACUAGGCAGCACACACCUGCGUGGGAGUUUAUUUCUCAAGUGUAUUUUUUAAUAUAUUCUUUGUAAAUAAUGUUUUUUUCUAUUUCCCAAGAACUUGAGUAUUGCAGUCUGUUGUGUCCAGGACCCCACCCUCCAGAUCCUUCUGAUGAGAGACUUAUUGAGUCCUGUGUGGCCACCAUAGUCUCAGGCUGCACACCCGAGCCAAAGAGAUUCUCGUUUUCCCUCCUUCCACCUUCUCCAUCCCUCAUCCAAACACAUCUUCCCCUCCAGAGCACAGGACUUGCUGGCCAGCAAGGCACUGGUACCCUGCCCCCACCAGAGCCCAGCAUAAAGGAGCACCCAGCCAAUCUCAGCCACUAGGCUUUUUAUUCCUCACAACAGUUAGAAAUCCCAGCUCAGAUAUUUUCAGCUAACCUUCAAACCGAGGAGUUGGAGAACAGGGUUGGGUAUGUUACUAGGGCUUAAGUAAUUCCCUUCAACUAAGACAUUCUCUAGAAGUUUCCCUGACUACAAGCAAGGGGAAGGCAUCUACCCAGGAGCCCUCAGGUCUAACCCAGGGAUAGGCUGUGUCUUGGUCAUGAAGCCUUCAGGCACACAGGUAUCAGUGACCCAUCCACAGCUGCCAACUCUGGGAAAGCAAAGAGCGGUCACUAGAAGACGCUGGGAGGGGGACCAGGGACCAGGGCACCAUCAUUCUAGAAAAGGCUGCUAAGUAAUUUGGC